GCGUCAGAAGCGACCACCGACGUCAUCGCGACGGGAACCUACUGUAGGGGCGACUCCCAUUGGGGCACCGCGAGGGUCUCUUGCCGGCCCACUGUUGACACCCGCCUGGGUUGCAAGCGGGGCCGCUCGCCCAUGGAGGCGGCCUGGAGGGAGUACUGCGAGGCGGAGCACUCCAGCAGUGACGACGGCUCCUCCGAGAGCUCCUCGCCCGAGCUGGAGGGUACCACUUCCGCGCCCAUCGCAGACUCAUGCCCGCGGCUGACGGCGUCCUUAGGCCUGCUCUCGCCAAUGGAUAUCAGGUUCUCCCAGAUGAAGAUGCGGCACUUGUUUGGCGACGGCCGUAGGAUCGCGGAGGCCAUCCAGGCGAUCAGGCAGGUGCCCUGCACGGAGGAGGAGUCCGCCGCGCACGCCGGCGCCAAGUGGAGGCUGGAGUUCCCAUUCCCGCCCAUCGAGGUCGUCCGCUGGCGCUGCAAGCUGCGCGACAACACUGGACGCCCGAGGCUGGACCCGGACACCGGGGAGGAGCUGUACGACUCUGAGGAGAAUUGGUUCACCCUGGACAAUCGGCGGCUCUACUGCCUCCAGGAGGCCUGGAGCGUUACGAUGUCGUGGUUCCUGCCGCUGUCGUCGUUCGUCGUUCGCUCGUCGUUCGUCCUCUCCUCCACCCUGCUGCCCUCCUCCCUGCGGCCGCUGCUGGCCCCGCCGCCACCCCGGCCCGGCUGGCUCGAGAGCGCACCUCCGCAGAUCUGCGCGGGGUGCGCCGCUGCAGAGAGCGCCGCGUCGGGUGCUGCCGAGCUCGUCAAGGCCGCACCGUCAGCCCUGCAGCUAGCGAGGCUCGCGCCCAGCCAGGACCUCGUCGCGGAACCAGCGCUGGCCCGCGGUCGGGGUGCCCUGACAGGGCUGUAG